AUAAAAAAAGAAGAAGAAGAAGGUUGCAUUUUACGUUGGUUAGGUUCAAUUCAUAGUUUUAUAUUUUUUAUUACCUAUUCUGUGGUUUUAUCCUACUACAAACUGAAAUUUCUAUAAACAUGGCCAAAAUAGGAGACUUUGUUUUACCGGGAGAAGUUGUAAGUGAUAGCAUAAAGUCUCUCAGAGGUGUUACAGUAAUUGGGCCCGGUCUGAGGCAGAAUGAAGAGAACCCAAAUACACUAUACAUAACUGAGGCAGGUAAAUUGUGUUUUAAAGAGCCAAACACUUAUUGGAUUGAAGGAAAUAGAAACCAUUACAUACCAAAGCGAGGCGACCUGGUAGUCGGAAUAGUUGUGAAGAAAGCUGGCGAUUCCCUGAAAAUAGAUAUUGGAAGUGCAGAAUUUGCAUCUUUAUCAAUGUUAUCUUUCGAAGGAGCUACUAAGAAGCAUAAGCCAGAUGUUCAAGUUGGUGAUCUUGUCUAUGCCAAACUGUUGAAUGCUCACCGCGAGAUGGAACCAGAACUAGUUUGUAUUGACUCUUAUUACAAAGCUGGGAAACUUGGAAUUUUGAGUAACGAUGGUUUCCUCACAAACAUCAGUCUUGGUCUAGCCCAAAAACUUUUAGAUAUUGAAAAUCCUUUAUUGAGAACGCUGGGAAAAAAGUUUCCCUAUGAAAUUGCUAUAGGAGUGAACGGAAAAGUUUGGAUAAAUUGUAAACAAUCUAAAGAUGUUAAUACUUUGAUAAAAACCUUUGAGUUUGCUGAACAACAUGACAAAUCUAUUAUUGAUAUUUGUAAUCAAUUGACUUGAAAUACAAUUUACAAGUACUAAAAUAUUUGUAACGUGCAUAAAACCCUGGGAUUAACACUAUUUCCACAUUGUUGUUGAAAUUCUAUAAUGAUGACGAAUACAUUGGAAUCUAUAGAAAUGUCUAAAAAAAAUAUUCACGUUGAUGCAGAAGGGUUACUACUAAAUAUUGAACAGAAAGUUGUAUAUAAAUCAGAAUCUGUGACAAAUUGAAUAUUCUUAUGAUUCUGACUUUUCUGUUCUACUUGGGAACUGUUGUGUGAUAUAAAGAUAGAAAAUUGUAACAUUUUGUGAUGUUAAUGUGCCGUCUUUAUGUGGGUUACUAAUAUACAAAUUACAACUCAACACUAUAAA